AUGGUGAGAAAGGAAAAUCCUGAGAAUGAAGUAGAGAAUGAAGGCAACAUGGUGAUGGAUAAGGAGAGAAAAGAGGCAUGGUGUUUACUUAAAACUAUGAAACCCAGUGGCAAUGAGGGCUGGUGUAUAGUAGGAGACUUCAAUGAAAUUAUUACUAAUGAUGGGAAGUGGGGAGGAAAGGCUAGACCAGAAAACCAAAUGGAAAUGUUUAGAGAAUUCAUGAGAGGUGGAAACUUGUUUGAUCUGGGUUGGAGAGGUGACAAGUUCACCUGGAGUAAUUCCUAUACAGAUGCAACCUUCACUAAAGAAAGGCUAGAUAGAGCCGUGGCGAAUCCUCAAUGGAUGAACACUUAUACUGAGUCUUGGGUGGAAGUGAUGGUGGCUAGAACUUCAGACCAUAAGCCACUGAAAGCAUUUCAAAGAUGGAAUAAAAACAAGAAGCAAAUGCACGAGCAGGAAGUAGAGGAAAAAACCAAGACCUUACAACUUCUACAAGCUAUGGAAAAUGGAAGUAAUGUGGAGGAACUCAGGAAGGUCACUAAAGAGCUGCAUCUAGAACUAGAGAAGGAGGAUCUUUGGUGGAAGCAACGAGCAAAGAGAAGCUGGCUGUUUCAAACUACUAACCCAAGUCAGGAGGAGAUUGAAAUGUGUCUAGUGGGAAUGAGUAAGAGAGUAACUACAAAAAUGAAUAGAAGGCUGUCAAGAAGGUUCACACCAACAGAAGUGGAGGAAGUUGUGAAGCAAAUGGCCCCAUUAAAAGCCCCUGGUCCAGAUGGAUUUGGACCAUGUUUUUACCAAAAUCAUUGGGAUGUAGUUUCUGAAGAAGUGUGUAGAGCUGCACUUGAUAUACUAAAUGGUAACCCUAUUGAUCCUGGCCUCAAUUAUACCUACCUAGCUUUGAUCCCUAAAUCUGUGAACCCCAAAAAAGUUAUUAAGUACAGACCUAUAAGUUUGUGCAAUGUAAUGUAUAAAAUAGUUUCUAAAGCUAUCUCCAACAGAUUCAAACUUGUCUUAUCUGAGGUUAUUUCCCCCUCCCAAAGUGCUUUCCUGCCUGGUAGACUUAUUAAUGACAAUGUCAUAGUAGCCUACGAGUUAUUGCAUUCUAUGAAGAGUAGAAAGAAAGGGAGAAUAGGAAGUAUGGCUAUGAAGUUAGACAUGUCUAAGGCUUUUGACCGAGUAGAGUGGGAUGUUUUAAAAGCCGUUUUGACUAAACUUGGCUUCUGUAAAAAGUGGACAGAUUUGGUGAUGAAAUGUGGACUGAGCAGUUUGCUUGAUUUUUAUGAAAAGAGUAAGCUCAUAAGAGGGGUGCAAGUGGCUAGAGGAGGGACUAGUAUCAAUCAUCUGCUGUUCACAGAUGAUUGUAUCUUAUUUGGAAGGGCUAACAUUGAGGAAUGGAGGAAAAUUCAAGAAAUUCUCUUGGUUUAUGAAAAGGCCUCUGGACAGUUCCUUAACAAAGGAAAAACUUCUGUUUUUUUCAGCAAUAAUACUCAGUUGGCAGACAAGCAGGCCAUUAAGGAAGCUGGAAACUCUUUUGUUUGUGGCACUCAUGAAAAAUAUCUUGGUCUCCCUGCUAUGGUAGGAAAAUCAAGGUACAACACUUUCAGAAACCUAAAGGAGAAGAUUUGGCAGAAAAUUUCUAGUUGGAAAAAUAUUUUCUUGUCUCAAGCUGGAAAAGAAGUGCUUAUCAAGGCUGUUUUACAGUCUAUUCCAACCUUCACUAUGGGAGUUUUUAAACUCCCUAUUGAACUUUGCAAGGAAAUCAAUGGUAUGCUUUCUAAAUUCUGGUGGGGAAGUCAGCAGGAGGGGAGAGGGAUGGUAUGGAAGAAAUGGAAAAAUAUGAAUAUUCAGAAAGGCAGAGGGGGAAUGGGUUUUAGAGACUUGGAAAGCUUUAAUGCUGCACUCCUUGCUAAACAAGGAUGGAGAAUACUCAAAUAUCCACUGUCCUUGGCAGCAGUUUUACUCAAAGAAAAAUACUUCAGACAUGGAAAUUUUUUGGAUGCUAAGCUGGGUGCUCAACCCUCUUUGGUAUGGAGGAGCAUAUGGUCUGCAAAGGUCCUUUUGAGAGAAGGUCUUAGGUGGAAAGUGGGAGAUGGGAAGAAGAUUAAUAUAUGGGGGCCCAAAUGCCUAACUAGUCCCACUACUUUUGCUGUCCAGUCCCCAGUGUCUCUACUGCAGAAAGAUGCCAAAGUGGAAGAGUUAAUUGACAGACAGAAAGGAGAGUGGAAUGAAACAAUGAUAAGAACCAUAUUCUCGGAGGAAGAAGUUGAACAGAUCCUUUGUAUGCCAUUGAGUAGAGGUCGAGCAAAGGACAAGAUCUUUUGGGGGCCAACUAAGAAGGGUCUGUUUACAGUCAGAAGUGCAUAUUUUUUGCACAUGGAAUUAAAAGAAAGAAACAAAGGAGAGAGUUCAACAGAAAAGAAAGUAGGUGACAUAUGGAAAAGCAUUUGGGACCUCGAGAUACCAGGUGUGACAAAACUUUUCUUAUGGAAAGCUGCAAACAGCCUGCUGCCAACAAAAGUAAACCUUUACAGGAGAAAUAUAUCAAUGGACAAAAGAUGCCCUAUGUGUGAUGCAGAAGAAGAAUCUCUUAUUCAUAUUCUGUGGGAAUGCCCUGCAGCAAAUGAUUUAUGGGGUAAUGAUGCAAGUUAUGUCAAGAAGUGGACUAGAUCAGAGGUGAAUUUCCUGGAACUUUGGGAACAACUCAGAUGUCAACUAAGCAAGAACCAGCUAGAAGAGGUGGCAGUGAUGCUAAGGAAGGUCUGGCUCAGGAGAAAUGAAUGGAUCUUUGAGAAGAGAUUGGCUUGCCCCAGAAAUUAUUUUAUUACCACGAGAGUAGCCUUGCAAGAGUUUCAGGAAAUACAAGUUAAAGCUUCUCAAAACAGACAGAAGGAGGCACAACAGAGAAUUUCAGUGUAG